AAGGGAUCACUCGAUCACUCGCAUCUACCACUCCACCACUCUCGGACACUGAGACCACCCGUCAGAUUAUAACAGAUCGAGCGUUCAAUUGCUCUUGAUAGAUAUAGUCGCAGGAUCGAUCGAUCGGCCUUGACUACGUUCGGGAACGGGUCGAUAGGGAGGAACACGGAGUGUAGUUGCGGGUUCAUCAGCAAAGGACGGUCUUCAUCACCUAGAAUAGUUGCGGUCGACUCUUACCGUCAGGAAAACCCACGGCGUACCGGGAUAGGACAUAAAGCGAGAACAAGAGAGUACUGGGAGAUCAGGAGAGUUUCAAGAGGUCACCAUGGAUGAGACGAAUGGGAAUGGGAACGGGAAUGGGAUGGAGGCACCCCCCCACCACGACCUGGAAACCACGAACACGACCACCCCAGCGACCUUCGACCCCAAGACCCCAGAACAAGAACAAGAACGCGAUCAAUCUUAUUGGAAAGAAAAGUACGAUGAGGUUAGGGAUUUGUUCGAGGAUGCGAAGAUGGAGGUCGAGAUGAUCCAGCUCCAAUCCCAAGAACAAGAAUCACACGUCCAAUCCCUCGGCGACGAGCUGGAACAUUUAGCACAACAGCUCGAGGAGACGAGCAGGCAGUUGGAAGAUGUCCGGUGGGAGAGGGACGAGGCGAGGAGGGAGAAGGAGGAGGUGAGAAGGAGGUUGGGGGAGGAGGUUAGGGGUUUGAAUGAGGGGAUUGCGGGGAUGCAGCUCUCGAUAGAUAACCUAACCUCGGAAAGGGACAACGCCAAACGAGCCGUCGUCGCCCUCGAACAAGGCAACGACGAUCUGGAGCGGGAACACCGGAACGCGCAUUCGUCCUUUCUCGACAUCGAGUCCAAGUAUAAUAGGCUGGUCGAGGAGAUGGUACUGCUGGAAGAGGAUUUGAGGGGAAAGACGGCGUUGGGGGAGGAGGUGCAGAGGUUGAAGGAUGUGGUCAGAGGUGUUCGUGUUUUAGAGCAAACCGACGAGAUGGCCUACCUUAUUGGUCAGGCGGACAAACAUCGGAGAGCGCACGAAGAGGCUCUGGAGACGAUACAUCGGCUGGAAAGACGGGCCGCUCAGCCGGAAGAUAAGGAAUCGCCCCUGAGACAAUCAAAGAGCGCGAUCCUCCUCAGCACGCCAUCGCCACCCACAGCGCGUCAGGGACCCAAUUCGAUGUUCAUGCCGCCGGUGUCUGAGCAUAUCGAGAACUCGCCCAGGCCGACCAUUUCGUCGGCGUCGACGUCGCAUACGCUACGACCGCUGCGUUCGGACGAUUCGCCAGGGACGCCGUCGCAGUUGCCAGUACUCAGACCCGGUCGGGUGGACAGCUUGCGAUCCAGGCGUGGUCGAGAUUCUCCUGGGUCUCCCGGCACUGGCGGGAUGAGGAGGAGUCAGACGAUCUCCAACUUGUCACCCUCGCCCAGAUCGUCGACGUACGACUUGGCACCCGCUCGAGGGCUCAAUCGGUCCACCAAUUCGAGGCAUCUGAACGGGCUCGUCGGUUCGGAAACGCCGAGUCGGGCGAGACCUCAGUAUAACGAUUAUUCGCCCUCGCCGUUUGCCGUCAGGGAAAAGCGAGCGAGCAUGUACGGUCAUCAACUCCGGCCGCUCGAUGUGAGCACCAGCUCGAACGCUACCGCGACAACCAUGGGCACGGCGAGAAAGCAGAGUACAGGGGCGAGCAGCGCGUUGGCGGGGCAACAGGCUAUGACGAGCAAGACGUCGAUGUUGUUGAGUCGCAUGGGCAAGUUGGGCAACAAGUCGACUGCCGCUAGUGUGCGUUCGGGCAAUACCUCCACGGCCAACACAUCGACGGCCAAUACGUCUGCGGCCAAUACGUCUUCGACGGCGAGCACCUACGGCGAACCGAAACCCCGGGUUAUCUCGCGCAAGGCCAGCUUCUCGCAGAUGGCACAUCAGGGCGUACAUGCCAUCGCCAACCAGUUCCAUCGUUCCCAGCGGGGUGGGCGGGUCGUCUCUUCGGCCUCGGUCUCGUCGAAUCGUACGGUGAUGGCACUGCAGCAACAGGAACAAGAGACCGACCUGACGAUGAUCGAGGGUAGUCCGAGCGACAAUGGCUGGGUGCAGAUGAUGCAUCGUAGCGAGGCCGAGAAGGAUGGCGAUAGUCCCACCGAUCAUACGAAUCGCGGGAAGACGCUCAGGGAUCGGUUCAAGGAAGAAAGUAGCGGUCGACAGGAGUUUAGCAUGGCGUCGACGUCGACCCAUAGCGGGCCGUUGCCUAUCCGAUCCAACAUCCCGCCUUCGAUGAUGAACAAGGUGCCAGCAACCCGCCCAACGCAGACGCAGACGCACGAACGGUCACACUCUCGGAUGUCGUCGCAGCUGUCUACGGUAUCGAGCUCGUCCACCCGCGCACCCACUCCAUCGGGAACUGACAACAAGGCUCCUUAUGCGCGACCGGAUUCGAGAACGGGAACGCGAUCGAGGACGACUACGGCGUCUAUCAGCAUGUUGCCUCGUCCGCAAUCACGACAGGAUCAUCGUCCGCAAUCGCGUCAGGAUUACAACCGGGGUAUGAUGCGCUCGCCUUCGCCUACAGCUUCGCAUUCGGUACUGCCCUCGGGACUACCUCAACCUCAGUAUGGCAAUGCCGCAGGCAAUAUGACGACCAGCCGCUCGAUUCGGCGAUCAUCGGCACAGCUCGGUCAGCCGGGCAAGCAGCGUCUGGCGGACCCACCUGGCAGCGCAACAAACGUACCCGUCAAAUCACGGAUACCUCGCAAGUCGACGGGAGCGAGACCGGCGAGUACGAUCGAGAUGCCCGAGGCGCCUGUGCCGGCUCUGCCGGUCUCGGCGAGCCGAACGACGGGGAUGGCGGGGAUCGGCAGAGGAUUGCCUUCCACAGCUAGAUGAUCAUUGCACAGAGAUGGCAGUAUACCUACAUACAGAUGAGCGGUACAAUAUAACAUAUAAUUGUCUCACGAGCCCUACGUUUUGGGUUAUGGGUCGCUACGGCUUCUUUGCGUACUUACGCACUCUCCCUUCAAGAGACCUUCGACCUGAGAUUAAAGUUGACUUUAUCUUUACCGCACUCAAAAGUCGAGCUGCUGCGCUUGUGUCGUAUGGCAGGAGGUGCCAAGCGAUCGGGCUCGCUGCUGGUCUCAACUGGCUGUAUGCACUUCUACAGUAUGAGGCUUGAAGAUAUUGCGCAUCGAAUGAUGCGAGCGUCAACUAUGCAAUCAAGAUAAUGACUUACGCGG